AUGGACACAUCACCAAUCUACUUCUGGCGGGAAACCGGGCCAGAAGGCUACCUCUCCCAAUGGUGGACCUCCAACCCCUUCACCCAAUCUCCUCUGUCUUCAUCCCCAUCCUCACCCUCACCCUUCUCCACAUCCAUAACAUUCAAAACAGCAGAACACUACAUGAUGCAUGCCAAAGCCCUCCUCUUCGCCGACCCCUCCGUCGCCUUAUCCAUCCUCAAAGCAGACCACCCGCGCAAAGUCAAAGCCCUCGGCCGCAAAGUGCACGACUUUAACGAAGCGCAAUGGAACGAGAACAGAGAGCGCAUCGUCCGCGAGGGCAACCUCCUGAAAUUCCGCUCUGCGCCAGAGUUACGGAAACAGUUGCUGGCGACGGGGGACCGGGAGCUAGUGGAGGCGAGUCCGAUGGAUCGGAUCUGGGGGAUCGGGUUCGCGCCGGACAAGGCAGCCAUGGCGGAUCGGGGACGGUGGGGGUUGAAUUUGCUGGGUAAGAUUCUGAUGGAGGUUAGGACGGUGUUGAGAGAGGAAGAAGAGAUGGAGGCGGAGAGGAAGGGGAGGAAGAGGGAGGUUGCUGAGGCAAAGGCGAAAAGGAGGCGGAGUUCUGAGGAGGGUGAAGAGAGUCAAGUUGUAGACGAAGGGACUGCUAAGAAGUCAAGACGGAGAGAGGAAGAAGUUGAACAUGCCACGACGGUGAAUGACACGGCGAAAGAGAAGGCCCGAGGGGAACAAUGA